GGAAGCGGAAGCUGCGGCGGCUGCGCGCGGCGGCGCACGCGGGGCUGGCGGCCGUUUCCUGCGGGGCCUACCCGGCACCCGGCCUGGCCCGGCGUCUACGGGCAGCUCGCGAGGAGCCUUCCUGCUGGCGAACGAGGCGCCCGCCGCAGUGCUCCCCGCUGGGGUGCGUUUGUUGUUCGGAGCGGGCUGACGUCGCUCCCGUUCCUUCCUCCCCGGAGCAGCGGGUAGCCGCUUUCUGAGGCGCCGCUCGCCGGCUUCGCGUGUGGCCGAGAUUGCCGUCAGCUCCUUUUCUUCUGAGGCCUUGCUGAGUUUUAAUUAUUUUUCAUGAUACAUCAGAAGCUGUAGAGCUCUGUGCUCCCUGUGGGUUAUACCUUAAACCCAUUACAAAAAUGACCAUCAGUGUGGCACUUCCUCAGCUGAAACAACCCGGAAAGUCCAUUUCGAACUGGGAAGUGAUGGAAAGACUGAAAGGGAUGGUGCAAACCCAUCAGUUUUCCACUCUGCGGAUUUCCAAAAGCACGAUGGAUUUCAUCCGGUUCGAAGGAGAGGUGGAAAACAAAAGUUUAGUCAAGUCUUUUCUUGCGUGCCUUGAUGGCAAAACGAUCAAGCUGAGUGGCUUCUCUGACAUUCUGAAAGUCCGUGCCGCAGAAUACAAGAUUGACUUUCCUACCAGGCAUGACUGGGACUCGUUUUUCCGUGAUGCAAAAGAUAUGAAUGAAACUUUGCCAGGGGAGAGGCCGGAUACCAUUCAUCUAGAAGGCUUACCUUGUAAAUGGUUUGCAGCGAAGGACUCUGGCUCAGAAAAGCCAAGUGAAGAAGUCCUUACAAAAGUAUUCCAGAAAUUUGGAGAAAUACGUAACGUGGACAUACCCAUGCUGGACCCUUACAGAGAAGAAAUGACUGGCAGAAAUUUCCACACUUUCAGCUUUGGAGGCCAUUUGAAUUUUGAAGCUUAUGUUCAGUAUCGGGAGUAUGCAGGUUUCAUUAAAGCCAUGAAUGCCCUGCGAGGGAUGAAGCUGAUGUUUAAAGGCGAUGAUGGCAAGGCUGUGGCUUGCAAUAUAAAGGUUUCUUUUGACUCAACAAAACACCUCAGUGAUGCAUCAAUUAAGAAGCGUCAGCUUGAAAGGCAGAAGCUUCAGGAGCUUGAAAAGCAGAGAGAAGAACAGAAACGCCGGGAGAAGGAAGCUGAGGAAAAACAAAGAGAGGAAGAAAGGAAGCAGAGAGAACUUGAAGAAUAUGAGAGAGAGAGAAAGAGGGAAGAAAAAUUGCGCAAGAGAGAACAGAAGCAGAAAGAUCGUGAAGUUCGACGAAACAAAAAGCAGCUUGAGAAACUUCAAGCUGAAGAGCAGAAGAAACUUCAAGAGAAGAUAAAGUUAGAAGAAAGGAAGCUCCUGUUGGCUCAGAGAAAUCUUCAGUCCAUUAGGCUAAUUGCAGAACUGCUAAGCAGGGCAAAGACAGUAAAGCUUUUGGAACAAGAACAGAAUGAAGAAAAGAUCCGCCUUCAGCAACUGGAGGAGAAACGAAAGCUUCAGGAGGCUGAGCUCAGACGUGUGGAAGAAGAAAAGGAAAGAGCACUGGGGUUGCAAAGAAAAGAAAAAGAACUGAGGGAGAAACUACUGAACAAUCUUCUUAGCAAGAAAAUGGAUGCAGUUCAUCAGAGCAAAGAAGAAACGGAAGCAUCUCAGUCUGGCACUGUGAAAACUGCCAGUGAUGUUCCACACACUGUGUCAUCCAACUGCAUCACUUCUACCUCAGGACAGGCUGUUACAGGCAAACUGGCAUCAGACUCUCAAAGAGAACUACCAUCCCCUGAGAAUGUAAAUACUCAAUGCAAGUAUUUGAAUGGCAAUAUUCAUGACAGAGUUGAUGUCAAAGAAGGUCAGAAACUUCAUACCGCAGACUCGGACAGGUGUUCAGAGAAAAGAAGUUCUGGUGUACUCACAUGUGUUCCUGCCAAUAACCAGCAGCAGAAUACCUGCAGGAAGGACUCUCGUUGUGAGCAAGGCAAACAUAGCACAGAGCCAAGGAGAAGAAAGAGCCGUUCAUGUAGCAGCAUAAACACUGAUGAGAGUAAGGGUAAACGAGAGAGAAGCAGGCACAGAAGAGAUGCAAGUUACCAGGAUGAAAGAAGGAGGAGGGAAAGGAGGUAUUAUAGACACUCUAGCAGAAGUUACAGUCCUCGACGAAGUCACAGUCCUCGUCGAAGAAGUGUAAGCCCCAGACGUUCACAUUAUAGAAGAACUCGCAGUAGUGAACGUAAACGAGACAGAAGAGAAAAAAGUCGUAGUCGCAGAAGCUCAAGCAGAAAACGAAGGUACCGGAGGAGAUCACUGAGUAAGCAAAGGAGUACUUGGAGUGGGUAGUGGAGGCCCCACCUGUUUGAAAAGGCUGUGGUUGGACACAAGGGCCAGAAAGUCGUAAAUGAGACCUCACUCAUGUGUGUGACUGCUAUAAUAAAACACUUUUGAUUCAACCAAUGCAUAACUUGCAUCAAGUACCUAAAAUAGAUGACUGACUCUUUUUUUUGAAGUUCUGUUGGGCUUUGUUGUCUCUUUGUAGGAUUCUACCACAAUGUAGGUGUACUGCUCGUAUUUGAAUUCCAACCAUGCUAAAAGCCAACCUGCUUCCUCAAUUUUCAGUUUUCUAAAUUGUAAUUUCAGCUGAUUUACUUUUUCUUCUCUUCAUCACCUAACUUGGUUUGAGAAGUAUGUAUGUGCCAGUUACAGGAACUCCAGUUGUGACAAGCUUUGACAUACAAAUUUAUCUAAAAUGCUUUCUGGUGUACUUAAUGAAAUCAUGUUUAACAAAGUAGAAUUUUUGCUGAUUGAGACAGAUAACAAGACUUUCGUAUGAUUCUUAAAACUGACUAUAAAGAUAUGCAGGAAAUCUUUUAAACUGCUGUGAUUCCUUCAUACAUCUGUAUAGUGCCAGGCUUUGUUGCCCAAAUUAUUCUGGUAUGUAAUGCCCUUUGUUUAGUAAUACUUUCCAUGUAGAAAGGCACACUGGUGUAGGAAGUAAGAAUCGGUGGUAAAAAGGUUGAAAAGUUGUUCUGUUGCCUUGUUGACAUACUUGGCUUUUAAUUACUUUGGGUGGCGUAGGGCCACUUGAAGCGUUUUUUCAGGUACGUACAGAGCUAGCCAUUGUCUUUUGAAAAAGGGGCCUUCUUGCUAAAUUAUUUUCACUUGUGGUGUUGGAAAGUAAGGCUGCAGCGUCUCUUGUGAAAUGCAUUUAAGAAUACAUUUGCUUCUAAAAUGGAGCUCAGGAAUAUUAAAAGCUAUAAAAUUACAGUGAAAGAGUUUAUUUUGCCUUUUUAUGGUAAAAUUAAAGAGAAAACUGUUUCCAGUGAACUGAAGUUGCUGUUUUCAUGUGUCGGUAUGUUCAUACCUGCAGAAGUGUUCUAUGAGAAGCGUUUUGUUUAAAAAAAAAAAAGUCAUUUGAAUAAUGAGGCUUAGCUGCUUGUCUUGCCAGUCCUGUGAUGUACAGCUGCAUCCACUGUUAAUUCAGCAGGACGUGUGCUCUUGGGGUGCAGUUUUCCCCACACUGAUGUGGGGAGUGCCUCUUUGUUUCUCUCCUUGAAUCCACAGACUGAUGUACUUAGUCAUCUCAAUACCACCAGUCUCCUGAAUUCUGAGCAGCUGCUUUUGUUGCUGAGUUAAUUUUCUGCAGUCUUUGCUGAAGUGUUAGAAAUCUAUCUACUUGAAGAUAAACUUCUCUUUUGUAAUAGUUUGGCUGAAACCCAGUAUUAUGUUGAUUGCAAGUUUUGAUGGAACGCCUGUUUGUAAAUUUCUGUGAUUCUCUUUAGCCUGCUAUCAAAUAACUGACGUGCUAUCCAUGGUAACAUCAUAUUUUAGGGAAGGGAAAAAAAAAAACCAACUGUGAUUCCAUCUGCAGUCCUGUAGGAGGCUGUCAAUACCAAUGUCUAUGAGCUCAGGGUUAGGGUUCUUACUAGUUAAGUAUUUCCACAAUAUAUCCUGUGGAUUUCCACUGGGAUUUAUGUCAGGGUCUUGACGAUUAAUAUAUGUAAUUGGGGAAAUGCUAGUUUGUAGUGCUACUUUCAGGAGGUCUUCAGGCUAUUAAUGCACUGUAUUAUUGCCAAAUGUGAAAGCAGUUAAGGCAGUGGCAGUCACCAAAAAGUGUUCAUAUUAGGAAAAUCCAAGAGAUACUGUUUUUUGAUACAAAAGAAAGCAGUGCUGGAUAGGUGGUUUGGCGUUUUUUUCACUCUAAAGAAGGCACCAAGAGCAGGCUUGAUAUCCCAGCCUGAAGUGAUUAAAUUCUUUAAGUUCCCCUGAUGUCCAGUGCAGCAUCUGAGGUCAGAGAAAAUAAAUAGGGGCUGACAGAGGCCAGGGGAAGGAUGUUCAUCUGUCAGGCUUUGAUUGUUUAGCCUGACACGCCAUAUUAAGCACUGUCUUCAUACAAUAUCCAAAAAAUAUAGUAACAUAAGGUACUCAGUUAAUUGAAAGCCUAAAAGUGCUUCGGAGCUACUUGCAAAUGCUUAUUUCUUGAAAUGUCAAGAGGGAAUACAAAGGUAGUCUUCUUUCAGCCAGCCAGCUUGACCCAACCACAGCCUCUUAAAACUACUGCUUAAAGUUGCCCAGUAAAGGCUCAAUGCAGAAUUUCAUUUAUUUUUAACACUUUGCGGUAUUGUUUCAGAUGCAUGUUUUGCUUCAAAGCUCUCCAAAGCCUUUUCAGUGCAGAAUCCACUGAAAUGAAUGUUGCAUUCUGUUUCCUUGUAACCUGGGUCUGGCUGGGAUGGUGUUAACUUCAUAGCAGUGAGCAGUUUGGUGGUGCUUGGUUGUUGUUUGCUCAGUUACACAGUGAGAUGCACAGUGACAUGGACUCCAAGACAAAAAAAUAAAAUAAAGCCAUCCUAUGGUACCUGGGACUGCAAGAUAAUUUUUUGUCAACUGAAUGACUGGCAUGGUACAGUGGUACUUCUUUAUAGACCAACUUCUUUGUCUACUCAAUCUGUUCUUUCUAUUGGUAACCCAGGACUUGGCAUGUUCUAGUCUAUUUCACUGUAUAUGGGCUUGAUAGUGAUGCCUAUAGCUGAAUGAUUUCAUAUUGCAAGUAGCCAUCAGCUCCCACAAGCUAGUCAGUUUAAAACCUGUUCAGAUAUUUUUCUACAGCUCAAGGCAAUGUGCUAAGUGUGGAUGUACUGUGGAACUGUAGUGGGUGCCACCAUGUUUCUGUUGUUUGUUCCCAAAUUCAGCAUUGAUUAUGUCUUUGAACUGCAAAGAAACUUGCUGAGUCUGUAAUCUUUUGGUACAAACACAGCUAUAAAUUUUGCUCUGCUCUGCCCAAUACCAUUUAUUAAAACUUUUUCUUAUGGCUGA